UCCCCGGGGUGCGCAGUGCCCCCGGGCGGCCCGUGGAGCUGCGGGUACCGGUAACGGAGGAGUGAGCGGUGAGCGAGCGGUCGGGACCGGCGAAGUGAAGGCGCGCCCGCCCGGGGCCGGGCAUGUGCGACGGGGCGGCGGGCAGAACGCCCGGGCAAGGGCGUUUGAAGGAAACGUGAGGCGGCGGCGGAGGGAUGGAAGCGGCACCGGGCAGGAGCCCCGAGCCGCGGGAGAAGCCGCCGGUGUUGGAUGGGGAAGCGACGGGAGCGGCCCCGGCUUCGCCGGUGGCGGCGGAGCAGAUCGUGGCGGAGGGCGAGGCGGCGGCCACGGCGACGGCGGCGGGCACGUUCGUGCAACGGCAGCUCGGGGCCAUGCUGCAGCCCGCCGUGAAUAAGUUCUCGCUGCGCAUGUUCGGCAGCCACCGGGCCGUGGAGAUCGAACGGCAACGGGUGAAGUCGGCCGGUGCCUGGAUCAUCCAUCCCUACAGCGACUUCAGGUUCUACUGGGACCUCAUCAUGCUGCUGCUGAUGGUGGGGAAUCUGAUCAUCCUGCCCGUGGGCAUCACCUUCUUCAAGGAUGAGAACACCCCUCCCUGGAUCGUUUUCAACGUGCUGUCGGACACUUUCUUCUUGGCUGACCUGGUGCUGAACUUCCGGACAGGCAUCGUGGUGGAGGACAACACAGAGAUCAUCCUCGACCCGCACACCAUCAAAAUGAAGUACUUGAAGAGCUGGUUCCUGGUUGACUUCAUCUCCUCCAUCCCGGUGGAUUACAUCUUCCUCAUCGUCGACCUGGAGACGCAGGUGGAUUCUGACGUGUACAAGACAGCGCGGGCACUGCGCAUCGUGCGCUUCACCAAGAUCCUCAGCCUCCUGCGCCUGCUGCGCCUCUCGCGCCUCAUCCGCUACAUCCACCAGUGGGAGGAGAUCUUCCACAUGACAUACGACCUGGCCAGCGCUGUGGUGAGGAUCUUCAACCUCAUCGGCAUGAUGCUGCUGCUGUGUCACUGGGACGGCUGCCUCCAGUUCCUGGUGCCCAUGCUGCAAGACUUCCCCGAGGACUGCUGGGUCUCCAUCAACCACAUGGUGAACGACUCCUGGGGGAAGCAGUACUCGCACGCGCUCUUCAAGGCCAUGAGCCACAUGCUCUGCAUCGGCUACGGGCAGCAGGCACCGGAGGGCAUGACCGACGUGUGGCUCACCAUGCUGAGCAUGAUCGUGGGCGCCACGUGCUACGCCAUGUUCAUCGGCCACGCCACCGCCCUCAUCCAGUCGCUGGACUCGUCCCGGCGCCAGUACCAGGAGAAGUACAAGCAAGUGGAGCAGUACAUGUCAUUCCACAAGCUGCCUGGGGACACACGCCAGCGCAUCCACGAGUACUACGAGCACCGCUACCAGGGCAAGAUGUUUGACGAGGAGAACAUCCUGGGGGAGCUCAGCGAGCCGCUCAAAGAGGAGAUCAUCAACUUCAACUGCCGCAACCUGGUGGCCAACAUGCCCCUGUUUGCCAACGCGGACCCCAACUUUGUGACAGCCAUGCUGACCAAGCUGCGCUUCGAGGUCUUCCAGCCCGGGGACUUCAUCAUCCGCGAGGGCACCGUCGGCAAGAAGAUGUACUUCAUCCAGCACGGGGUGGUCAGCAUCCUCACCAAGGGCAACAAGGAGACAAAGCUGUCUGAUGGCUCCUACUUUGGGGAAAUCUGCCUGCUGACACGGGGCCGGCGCACGGCCAGCGUGCGCGCUGACACCUACUGCCGCCUCUACUCCUUGUCCGUGGAUAACUUCAACGAGGUGCUGGAGGAGUACCCCAUGAUGCGCAGGGCCUUCGAGACCGUGGCCAUGGACCGGCUGGACCGCAUAGGGAAGAAGAACUCCAUCUUGCUCCGCAAGCGGGCCGAGCACAGCUCGGGGCCCAUGAACAACGAGAUGAUCCAGCAGAUCGUGAAGCACGACCAGGACAUGGCGCACAACAUCCAGGACCUGCAGCAGAUGGCCAUGGGCCGGGAGCUCAGCGGCAAGCCGGUGAUCUGGGAGCCGCUGGUGCACGCCCCGCUGCAGACGGCGGCCGCCACCACCAACGUGGCCAUCGCCUUGACCCACCAGCACAGCCUGCAGGCGCACAUCUUCCUGCCGCCCUCCUCCAUCGCCAGCCCGCUCUCCCCCGAGGCCACGCUGCUCGCCAAGCCCGUGCGCCGCUCCCAGCCCAGCCUGGGGGGCUCCCGGCCCUCCUCCAUGAGCUCCCCGUCGGCGCCGCAGUCCCACCUCCAGACGCCCGCCGCCGGGUCCCCGUCCUCGCCCAUGGUGCAGCCGCUGGAGGGCUCGGGGCAGAGACCCAGCCCCGGGGCACCGGCGCUUCCGCGCCCGGCGCCCAAGGGGGACCCCGCGGCCAAGCAGCCCCCGGCCGGCCCCCAGCCGCAGCUCUCCCGGUCCCGCGGCGCCUCGGUGUCCACGUCGCUGCUGCAGCAGGCGGCCGGGGCCCCGUCCCCCAGCUCGGAGCAGGCGCUGCCGCCCGGGAGAACGCUGCACUACAGCCUGUCCCGAGCCACCGGCUCCCACAUCUCGCUCCUGAUGCAGCCGCAGCAGCUGGUGAAGCACCGGAGCAUCCAGGGCCUGCCGGUGGGGCGGCUCACCCAGGACGUCCGGCUCCUCUCCGCAUCCCAGCCCUCCCUUCCCAACAGAGUGGCCCAGCAAGGCGACGGCAGCUCCCUGCAGCAGGGCAGGAAGUCCGCGGGGAGCCUGGCCCGCCGGUCCUCGCCCUCGGUCGCCGGGCUCCUGGCCAAGCCGUGCCCGGGGCUGCCAGCCCAGCACUCGCAGCAGAUGCCUUCAGGAUCGCUGGCUCAACCCAGCCGCACCGUGGCCGGGGCAUCCACGCCGCAGUCCCCGGUGUCCGCGUCCCGGCAGGCAGCAGGUCCCUCCCGCAAGGGCUCCGUGGCCUUCAGCCCCGAGGUGGAAACGGGGAAGCCCAAACUCCAGUCCAACAUGUGAGUCCCGGGUACAGGCAGGAGGGAGCCGGGCACCCGGCGGCACAGGCGGGGAGGGAAGACGAGGUGAGAGGCGGCGCCGUGGCUGUGGACCGGCUGCUCCGGGUGUGGGGCAGCCCCUGGGUGAGGAGGGGGCUCUGCCGACUGCCCUGUGGGUCCCACCCGGGCUCUCCCCUUGCUCCAUCACCACCCACCCUCCUCCUGGAGGCAGCAGGACGGGUCAGAGCCCUCGCCCGACUCCUGGGGAGCCAUCUCCCCACAGCUGCUCCGUGGGGUCCGUGCCCCACCGUGCUCUGCCCUCGCUCCCCACUGCCCCUCCUUGGGGCCAGGCCAGUGCUGGGGUCUCCUCCAGCCUGUCCUGUCACAGCAGGGGCUGCCACGCACCCUCCUCGGUCCCCAGACAGCUCUGCCAGCACCUUUGCUUUGGGGAGAGGAGGGAGAGGCCCCAGUGCUGGGGCAGAGUGAGGGGUUCGGAGCCCAUGGCAGGAGCCAGGUCCCCCUCUCUGAGGCCCUGGACGCAGUGCCCAGACCCGGGGGUCCCAGGCAGGGUCCCUCUGGGGUGACGAGUGCCAGGCAGCAGAGCUGGGGGCAGAUGGGUUUCUCAUGGAGAGGCACCCUGAGGUGCCUCUCCCCAGCCUGGGGGAGCAUCUUGCCUCCAUCAAGGGGUCCAGGUGCCGUCACCUAGCCCCUCUCCAUGCUCCAUCAAGGGGGCAGCCCUGGGGUGACCCCGCUGCCUGAGGGGAUGCUCAGCCUGGGUUCUACUCCCUCCCUGUGCUGUGGUCCCAGUUCCAGGCACCACAGUGAGCAUGAGGGUGUCUGGAGGAGAUGCAGUGCCCAGGUGAAGUGUGGGGCUGUGGAGCUGCCUCCCCUCACCCUUCUGGGUCUCUGUUUUGGGGGGCAGGAGCCUGGGUUCCCCAUGGCCAGCCCACACCACCCCUCGGGAACCAGUAGUCAGCAAUGUAUGUUCAAGCUGUGGCUCUGCCCAGCCGCUGAGCUCUGCUUGCAGUGUCGCUUUGGGCCGCCCGUGUUACCAGUCCUGGUUAAAGUAGUGUGUCGUCCCCCCCCGUCCCCACCACGCUGCGCAAGCUGCUUCCCACUACCGGGGUCAGGAACCAUGGCUUGUAGUUGUGCUCUGGGGCCUGGCUGCCACGGAAAAGGGCCCCCGUGCAGCGGGCGAGGGCCUUGUUCUACGUGGUCCUUUCUCAAAGUGAGGUCUUCAGUUCCCCCCCCAUCGCGUUUUGGGACGUCGGGACCGGUGCAGCCCGCAGGGCACCGCAGCCCGGCCGGGAUCCCGCCAGCGCGUCCAGCGGAGGGGAUGUCCAGCACUGCCUUCUUCCCAUGGACCUCAGCUCUCCCCUGCCCGCAUCCCGCUCCAUCCCCAUGGUCGGUGUGUCCCCGGCAGCCCCUCGGGAAGGGGUCUGCGGCGGGGCCGUGUAGUCAGGCGUCCCCAGGCUGUGUGCUGUAGAUGUGUUAACCCAUCCUUAGGUGUCCCCGCAGAGCCCGCGGGCUGGCCCGGACGGCACCGAGCUCAGCUCUGCCCCCGUUGCGGCCAGAGCCACCCCCGGUGUGGAGGCAGGAGGGGCCGCCGGGGGUGCUGGUGUCUCCGCGGCGUGCGCGGGCACAAGUCUAAGGCACCAAAGACCACGCUCCUCCACUCGCACUCACGGCAGUCCAUGUACAGAGCUUGUAGUUUUCAUAUCGCAGAGGAUUUAAAAGCGUUUUUUUAUUUUUGGUCGUUGUACAUAAUGGAUUUAAAUAAUAAAGAGAGAUUCCGA